AUAAAUCUUAGAUUCCUCAAUAAUUUAUAAUAUCUUGCAAAAAGAUUGUGUUCGGUAUUAAUUGAAAAAGCCCCAACAACUACAACAUGACCCAAGACAUACUCAUGAGCAGUGAUGAGCCUGUGGCCCACACCAGUGACACAUCCAGCAAACAAUUGCAACAAUUCUGUUUGCUGGCCAAGACGGCGCAUGGUUCUGCCAUUUUGGAGUUGAUCAAACAAGUCCUGGAGGCACCGGGUGUAUAUGUUUUCGGUGAGCUGUUGGUGAUGCCCAACAUUGAGGCGCUCAAGGAGGGUGACAAUGUCAAGUAUUACAACACCUUGAAUUUAUUUGCCUAUGGCACCUAUAAACAAUAUCGCCAAAAACCUGAGGAUUAUUUGGAGCUAACGGCGGCAAUGCAAAAGAAGUUGCAACAUUUGACCAUUGUUUCGCUGGCCAUACAAAACAAAUCGAUACCCUAUGAAAUGCUCCUGGAGGAGUUGGAAAUCGAUAAUGUUCGUCAUUUGGAAGAUGUCAUCAUUGAGGCCAUCUAUGCAGAUAUUAUUCAUGGAAAGCUGUUCCAGAAUAAUCGCUUUCUGGAAAUCGAUUAUGCCCAGGGUCGUGAUAUACCACCCGGUUAUACAACAAAGAUUGCUAAAACCCUACAGGAUUGGGUCGAUUCAUGUGAUGCCAUUUCCAAUUGCAUUGUCGAACAGAUAAAACAUGCAAAUGCCGAGAAAUCAAAGAAGCUGGAUAAUAAAAAGCAAAUUGAACAAAAGAUAUUUAAUUUGAAGAAAGUUUUCAAAACUCAAAUUAACGACAACGAUGAUGCCAUGCAAAUCGAUUCACGGGAAACAACAACCUCAUCCACCAGCCAGGAGGCAGCGCGCAAGAAAAGUUCCAAAGUUAAGCCAUCACGAUCUGCGGUUUGAAAGGAUUCCGGUGACUGGUUGCGGAAUACUAAGUGUGUCGCUGAAAUGGACAGCAUCUCGAUUUAUGAAUAUUCAAAUUAUGAACACGCUCGCUCAUCCAAUAUAAUUUGCCAAUAAAAUAUCAUUUUUGGAAUUUAAUUUAA